AGUCGACAUAGUUUAAUUGUCAUCACGUCAGCUUUGUAUAGCCAAAUAGCUUACAUAGGUUAAUUAUAUAGUUGGUUGAAAUAAAGUCAAUUCUAUGCUUAGAUUAUAGGGGUUUUGAAUUGACAUUGCAUGCAUUAAAAUAAUUGGCCUCAAUCGCUAGAAUAUUAUAUUUCAACCGGGUAUCAACUGUCGGUAUUGGUGCACUCGUGGUACGUACGCAGUUUUCUGUAUGUAUAAUGCUGCCACUGGACUGCUACAGGUGCACUGCAUCUCAGCGCCAGUCUUUCGACAAGAGGCAGCAUCUCUACUUGAAGAGAGCGCUCAUCCCCCGAACAGAGAUGAGUUGGACCAUGGGAAGCAUGGUCCUGACCUGCCUACUGCUGCUGAAGAUGCUAAAGGUGGAGAUGGUCGUUGGGAAAGUCCUGGAGGAGACCUACAUGAGGUGGAUCCACUACAAAGACGAAUGUGUGAAGAUGAUUGACUAUGAGCCCUUUCCUCAAGGUUUGUUCUGUAACAGGACGUUUGACCGCUACGCCUGCUGGCCUGAUGGUCCUCCAGGGUCGGUGGUCAAUGUGUCCUGUCCCUCCUACCUGCCCUGGUUUGACAAAGUGUCUCAGGGUGUGGUGCGUCGACGGUGUGGCUCUGAUGGCCACUGGGUGGAGGAGGAGGACGGGGAAGUCUGGAGGGACAUGUCUCAGUGUGAAGAGGAACAGGAAAUCACAUCUCAGGAGCUGUGGUUCAAGCAGUUGAUGGUGAGCUUCAGGAUGCUUUACACGGUUGGCUACACCCUGUCCCUCUUCACCCUGGUCUCAGCGCUCAUCAUUCUACUGAGUAUCAGGAAGCUUCACUGCACCCGCAACUACAUCCACGCAAACCUGUUUGUGUCUUUCAUCCUGCGAGCCGUGUCGGUGAUCGUCAAGGACACCAUGCUGGAGCGUCACUGGGGCCGGGAGAUCAUGAGACAGGCCGACCUGGGAGAAAUGCUGAGUCACGAGGCUGCCAUUGGCUGCAGGAUGGCCCAGGUGGUGAUGCAGUAUUGUGUUCUAGCCAAUCACUACUGGUUCUUUGGAGAGGCCAUCUACCUGUAUUCGGUGCUCAUCGCCUCCGUAUUAAUUGAGAACAACAAGUACUUGCCUUAUAUCUGCCUCGGCUGGGGAACCCCUCUUUUAUUUGUCCUUCCUUGGAUGUUGGCCAAGCUAUUAAGAGAAAACAAAGAGUGCUGGGCUGUCAAUGAAAAUAUGAGCUACUGGUGGAUAAUACGGUUCCCCAUUCUGUUUGCGUCACUGAUCAACUUAUUGAUUUUCAUGAAGAUUUUGAAGGUGAUUCUAUCCAAACUACGUGCCAACAAUCAGAAUGGCUAUCCUGCAUACAAGCUUCGCUUGGCCAAGGCGACCUUGACCCUCAUCCCUCUAUUUGGCAUCCAUGAGGUCAUCUUCAUCUUCGCCACUGAUGAGCAGACCACUGGCAUCCUGCGCUACAUCAAGGUCUUCUUCACGCUCUUCCUCAACUCAUUUCAGGGAUUUCUGGUGGCUGUGCUGUACUGCUACUGUAACAAAGAGGUGAAGACAGAGCUUGCGAAGAAACUGCGAAGCUGUAGGAUGGAGGUGGAGGUGGUGUGCUGUGGACAGUGACUAGCCGAGACAAGAGUAGAACCAUUCUCCAUCGCCACAGUUCCAGAGAACAAUGGAGCUUCUACACCACCACCAACAGGAGUCCAACCUGAUAGUCCUCCAUCUCCGCAGGCUCAAAGUUCAAGACAGCAUGCUCGGAACACCUCCAUGACACCUGAGUCUCUCGCUCAACUGCAUUGUCGUACCACAAAGGCAACCCUGGAGAAGAGUACAGACUGCACACACCUAACUCCUAAUGAGACCACGGGGUCUAGUCCAUCUAUGCAGGUGUCAUUCCUCAUUCACUUAAACGACCCGGUUGAGUUACCUCCACAUGUUGUAAAUAUUUAUUCAGAUUAAAGGCCCAAAUGCAGCCAUUUUUGAUCUAAUAUCAAAUCAUUUCUGGGUAACAAUUAAGUACCGUAGUGUAAUAGUUUGAAAUUAAAAUGUAAAACAAAAUGACAAAAAUAAUUGUUUCGCAAGCAAGAAGUUUCAGAGGUGGUCUAAGUGAGGGGUCUAAUUGGGGGUGCCUAAUGUAACUUGAAAACUAGCUGUUGGCAGAGAGGUUUGACACUUUUUUUGUUAUUGGUCUAUCAAUUUAUACUGCCUGGGGAUGUCAUCAUGCAAGACAACUCCACCCAUGCAAAACCUGCAGAUUAGAAGGUCCUGUGUAAAUUGUAUUUUCAACGGGCAACUAUCAGAAAGUUACACUGAUCACAUUUUUCCCACUUUUACAGUGUUAUUUUCAUCAGCUGUUGUACAAUAUGAUACAAAACACAGGGAAAACUGAAAUUUGACUGCACUGGGCCUUUAAGUAAGAUAUUAUUUGUGUGUCACUCUGUUAAUGUACAGUAUUUUAAUGUAUUUCCAAAUGAUGAGUGGUACAGUGCCUAGUGAAAGUCUACACAUCCAACUCCCCCCAUGCCUUAAAAUUACAUCUAAAAAGGGAUUAAAUAAAUACAAAUCCUGCCGAUCUACAUAACCUACUCCACAUUUUCAAAGUUAAAGGAAAUGAUGGAAAAUGUUCCACAAGAAAAAAGAACAUCACACCCCAGAGUUAAUACUUUGUGGAAGUAUUUUGGCAGCCAUUACAGCUGGGAAUCAUUUUAAAUAAGAUCUAACCGGUGUGUCAAAUGGCUAGCUAGAUAGUAGCAUUUCAAUCUGUGACAUCACUUGCUCUGAGACUUUGAAGUAGUUGUUUCACUUGCUCUGCAAGGGCCGUGGCUUUUGUGUAGCGAUAGUUAACUAUGCUUCAUGGGAGGCAGUUGUUGAUGGUUUCAGAGGAUCCCUGGUAUGAGCCCAGGUUGGAGCAAGGAGAGGGACGGAAGCAAAGACUGUUACAUUUGCACAACUCUUAGGGCAACAUACACUGAGUUUACCAAACAUUAGGAACACCUUCCUAAUAUUGAGUUGCACCCCCCCUUUUCCCCUCAGAACAGCCUCAAUUUGUCAGGGCAUGGACUCUACAAGGUGUCAAAAAGGUUUCAUAGGGAUGCUUGGCCCAUGUUGACUCCAAUGCUUCCCACAUUUGUGUCAAGUCGGCUGGAUGUCCUUUGGCUGGUAGUCCUUUGGCUGGUAGACCAUUCUUGAUACACACGGGAUACUGUUGAGCAUGAAAAACCCAGCAGCGUUGCAGUUUUUGACACAAAACGGUGCGCCUGAUGCUGCCACCACAAUAGUUGAAAAUAAAAGUUGGAAGAAUGUUAUUCAAAAUUGUUCACAGCUGCAAUGGCUGCCAAAGGCUCCUUCCACCAAGUAUUAACUCUGGGGUGUGAAGACAUACGCAAUCAAAACAUCUUCAUUUUUGAUGAAUUUGGAAAAAUGUCUAUAUUUUUUCUCUCACUUUGAAAAUGCGGAGUAGGUUGUGUAGAUCGUUAGGGGGCUUGUAACGCCAGGGUAGUGGGUUCGAUUCCCGGGACCACCCAUACGUAGAAUGUAUGCACACAUGACUGUAAGUCGCUUUGGAUAAAAGCGUCUGCUAAAUGGCAUAUAUUAGGGGGCAAAACCCCCCACAUGUAUUCCCUUUUUAGAUUUCAUUUUCAGGCACAAAAUGUGAAGACUGUGCAAGGGGUGUGUAGACGUUCACUAGUGAUUGUGUCUCAAGUAGUAAUUUUGUAUUCGAGAUGAGUGAAGCUUAUCGCUACAAGACUUUUGAAAUGUCAAUAGAUAAAAUGAAAUGUGACAUAAAAAAAUCAUACUUUUCCUGCUGUUGUCUUUCUGGAGGCCAUAGGGUGGAUAACUCAAAAACACAUUUGUGUCAGUGAUGCGUAUGUGAACCCUGAAUACAUCAGUCACUUUACGCAAUUUAACAUGACCUUUUACCAUAUCAUGUUUAGUGUGGAAUUUAUGCUUAAAAUUAUCCUUAUCCAACUCAAGACAUGGGUCG